UGCGUAUGUUUUGACAUCGCCGAGUUCACGUGGUUUUGUUUUGGGUCGAUGUUCAGAAGAGUAGCUUUGUUACAGGCCAUUCGACUCUGAGGAGGACUGGUUCAGCGCGGAGCUUCUGUGGAGCGAUGAGUACUGAUGAUGACGGCUACCUCGAGCCAGCGGAGAAACCCCUCGACCAAGCACAACUGGUAGCUAUGAUCGAGCUGCAGCUGUCAGAGGUAGACAUGCUUCAGGUACGAUAGGCUAUUAGGGUCCGUGUCUCUCGUCAGUCGAUGUUCCCUGGCCCACGGGAAUUUGUCUUGCACGAUCCCUCCGUCUUGGUGGACCUGCGGGACUUUGCCGAGGGCCGCACGUUACUCCUGCCUCCUCGCAUAGAUCUGGUCAUCAACUUAGACGUCGGAAAGGGUCAGUUAAAUGUAAGCAUCACCUUGCCACACGAAUACCCUGCAGUCUUGCCAGAGAUUUUUGUGCGGUCGCAAACCCUCAAUAGAGAGGCUCAGCACCGUCUAAAUCAAGAACUUUUGGGGUAUAUUAAAUCUCUAGAAAAAUGUGAUUUAGCAAUUGGUCCAGCUGUAACUUGGCUGCAGGAGAAAGGGGAAACCUUCUUCUCUGACAACAUUGAAGAAGAGGUACCACUGAACACAGAGACAGAGUCCGAGGGAAAGGACACCAAAUUUGCAAGAUUAUGGAUAUAUUCUCAUCAUAUAUAUAGCAAGGUAAAACGCAAGGAUAUUUUGGAUUUAUCAAGAGAGUUUGACUUGACAGGUUUCUGCUUACCUGGGAAACCUGGUAUCAUAUGUGUAGAAGGAAUGUCACGCAAUACAGAUGAUUGGUGGCAGAAGGUAAGGUCAUGGAACUGGCAGAAAAUUCUUGUCAAGAGCCGAGAAAUCGUCGAUGUCACUAAAGGUCAAGACAUUGAUAAAUUGCGAAGAUUUCCAACAUUUGAAGAACUUGGCUCCGAGAAUAACAUCCGGGUCAAGAAUGGAGGGUUUCAUGUUGACAUGGGAGAUGUUUUUAGGUACUUAGAAAACCAUGAAUCAGGAUAUGUUUUCAAAGAAUAUUUUGGUGUCAGUGGGAGGCCAACUUGACGCACUUUGAAUGAAGAUAGUAAUAUUAGGUCCUGCCAUACUUAUAUAAAAAGUUGGGAGCAUUAAGUAAAUUUCUGUUUGGAUUAAAUGAUCGUUAUGUAGAUAAAUAAUUUGAAUGUUUAUGAAUUAGUAAUGGGAAGACUAUAUUUUAUAUGUUAUUUAUAAAUCUAUUACCAAUUUGAAAUUAUUUUUGGUAUUGAAAUUAUCUUUCACAUAAUAGAAAUCUAUAUAAAUUCUGUAUUGUAUCCCUUUGCAGUGUUAAUGGGAAUGUGAGAAAAAGUAAUUUCAUCCCUGAUAAUCAGAAAACCAAAAAAUAAAUAAAUAAAUAAAUGAGAACGAUCAUAGAAAAGUAUUAGCUUACAAUUGGCUGUACCAGGUAGACUAAGAGUGAUUUUAAUAUCAUUUUUAUGCAACAUCUCUGAAGUGUCUGUAGUGAUGCAAUUGUCAGUCCAGCCUUUAUAAAAUGAGAAGGGUGAUACCAUGACUGUAGAGUGUUGAGUGUUUUUGUCAUCAUGUGUUAUGAGGUUGGGGUGUUUGAGCAAAAUGGAAUAAAAGACAGUACUUGAAUUCAGAUUUAAGAUACAUUAAAUGUUAAGUCUACAUUGAACUGCGUUAUUAUACAUUUUUGAUUGCAGCUGAAAUAAUUUUACAGAGUUCCUUUCAAAGAUACAAUCUGUACUGAAUUGUUAAAAUAUUUUAAAUCCAAAAAUUGCUUUGUAAGUAACAUUCUCCUAAUUGGUAUAUUCAUUAAAGAGAAUCCAUUUUGUUUACUUGGUAUUAUGGUUCUUUUGAAGUUGAGAGGACAAACCAUUUAUAAUUCAUUUAAGAUUUAUGUUUAUCCAUGGAGAAAUGUAAAGGUUACGGGACAGAUUUCGGGUCUUCUUCCAGUCUUUUUCUAGAUCCAUAUUUUUAUAUCUAGCUUAUUGCUGGUGUGAAUUUCACUAGAUAUGCUUUAAUUUAAAUAAGUAUGUGUUGUAAGACUUUUUGCACAAUAAAGUCUAAAGAUCAAGAAAA